ACCACCGUGCCACGGCCCACCCCACCAGAAGGCAUCGCAGUCGCAAGAUGUCGUCGCGCUUGUACCCGCAGUACGUCAAGGGGAAUCCCCAGCUGCGGAUAUUCCUGCCAAACUUCUGGAUGAAGCUGGUGAAGCACGGGAAACCGCAGCCCCCCAACACGGUCAAGUUCGUCGUACCCUUGCAAAUGACCAAGUAUGACGUGAAGAACUACCUGGAAAAGAUCUACAAGGUGCCCGUGGCGCAGGUCCAGACAUUCGUCAUGCUGGGCAAAAUCAAGAGGGCGGAGGGGAAGGGCUACCUCAUCAAAGAGAACGACUACAGAGUGGCUUUCGUCACCUUGACUGUGGCUUGGAAGAGCUGGCCCCGGAGGUCCCCGACACUGGUGUGUUUCUCCAGCCCCAGGGGCAGACGUUUGAGUUCCCGGACGUGUACCCCGAGGAGAAGGUCCGGGAGCAGGAGAGGAGCGUCCUCAAGCAGGCGGACGAGCUCAAGAAGUUCAAGCAGCAGCACACCCGCGCCGACCCCCACCGGCGGGACCUGCCCUCCUGGUUCGGCCUCUGAGUUGGAAGAGUUCGUCCAAGUGCCCCAAUGGAAAUCGGGACAACUCUGACUUGCCCGAAAGAAACGAGACAUUCUUUAGCGCAGCCUUUGCGUCUCCAGACACCUUUCAACUUUGGAGCUGAACUAAAACCAACUCCCAGUUUGAGGUGUCGACCUUAGAGUACAAGUUAGUUUCGGUUCUGACCCUAACUCAAAACCUGUCUCGCGACGUAAAUACUGCAUCAAAACAUUAGGGCAGAAUUAUUUUUUCUAUGUGUGCUUAGAACUUUGCUUACAUCGUAGUUGAGAUAAAGGUGUACAAACCGGGGAACUGUUGUUUCUUUGCACUAAUUUCUAAAAGGAAAAAAAAAAAAUUUUUUUUUGAUUCCUCUCGAUUUGUUUUGUUGCGAGAAAGAAGCAGUAAACACCUGAUGUCUAUGUAUAGUAUCGUAUAUCACCUAGCUUCAUCAGCAUAGCAGGCCUACAUUAUUAUGGGCACCAGCCUUUGUGCUGCAUCUUGGCUUUCCUGAGCCGAAAAUAAAUAUUAUUAUAUUCAGCAGCCUUGAUGAAAUGUCAGGGUAAAUCGGCUCUUCAAAUUAGAAAUACAUCUCAAUAAAAAAUCAUUUAUUUAGAACUGUCGAGAUGUUGUCGAGGAAGGAUUGUAAACAAUAAUUUGCAGACGAGUAUUCAUGAUGCUCUCGUACUUCGGAAGUUGAAUAGAAUGUAUUUAUAAGUGCUGUAGAUGAAAUACAAAUGGAAUAAAGUAGACAAUAAUCAUACACA